CAGGCAGCCUCGCAAGCGGCCGCGGCGCUCCAGCCGGGAAGGAGGCGGCACCAUGGAGCUGAAGAAGGACAGCAACGCCGUGACCAUCGACAUGCUGCUGAUCGUGCACUCGGAGAAGCGGCGCGCCACACAGGGCACUCACUCGGACGGGCAGGGGGACCCCGGCGCGCCGCUGCAACGCCGAGGAGGAUUCCAAGGUGUUGGAAACGGAAUCCGGAAGUGGCAGAAAAUAGAAGCAAAUGACCUUCCUGGGACACAGUUGACUGUGGAGGUCCACCCUCGAGAUGCUAUGCCCCAGCUGCUCAAGAAGCUCUCCUUGGCUAACCGUUUACAAGGCGAUAAAAAUGGAAACACAAGACCUCGGCAGCCUAGAGGGAAAGACGCCUAUGCCUACCCCUGGGACCGGUCCAGCCUAAAGUCCAUGCCCCUGGACCUGCCGCGGUUAGAGAAGCUGGACACCUAUGCCUCACAGGUGACCGUCAAGAGUGGCCUGGAUGAACUGGUGAGUGACCUGGUCCAGGAGACUCAGAGUGACCUGGAGAGGGUCCGUGCCAUCUGGAUCUGGAUCUGCCACCACAUAGAAUAUGACAUCGUGGCUGCCCAGGAGAAGGACCGCCAAGCCUUCAAGCCCACUGACAUCCUGAGAACCCAGAAAACCAACUGUGACGGCUAUGCUGGGCUCUUUGAGAAAAUGUGCAGGAUCGCUGGUGUGCAGUGCAUGACAGUGGCUGGCUACUCCAAGGGCUUUGGCUACCAAACGGGACAGAGCUUCUCAGGGGAAUUCGACCACGCCUGGAAUGCUGUGUACCUGGAGGGACAAUGGCACCUGGUGGACAGCACCUGGGGCAGUGGCAUGGUGGACAAGACUACUUCCAAAUUCACCUUCCUUUACAAUGAAUUCUACUUCCUCACACACCCUGCACUGUUCAUCGAGGACCAUUUCCCAGACAACAAGAACUGGCAACUGCUAAAACCUCCUCAAUCUCUGAGGCAGUUCGAGAACAGCAUGUAUCACAAGAGUGAAUUCUACAACAAGGGGAUGCUGAGUGCCCAUCCAGAGACCUCCACAAUCAGAACAGUGAACGGGAAGGCUGCGAUCACCAUUGAGAGCUGUGCCCCUACCCUCUUCAUGUUUAUGCUCAAUGGCAAGCAGGAACAUGGCCUGCUGAGCCUCAGGAAGAACGGGAUGAAGUUGGAGGUGUACCCCCCAACCAUGGGCACGCACAAGCUGCAGAUCUUCGCCAAAGGCAGCUCUGAGAUCUACAGCUCAGUGCUGGAGUACACCCUCAAGUGCAACUAUGUGGACUUCGGGGCCCAGCUGCCCACUGAGCUGCACCAGCCUGUGGGGCCCAGUUGGUUCUCGGAGCAGAUGGGUAUCAUGAAACCCUCUCACCCUGACCCCAUCAUUCACACCAGCGAUGGGCGCUGCUCCAUCAGCUUUGGCGUGGACGAGGACAUCAGCAUCCUAGCCUCCCUGCACGGGGACGAUGGCUCCAUCACUGAGGAGACACAGAGGCGCUACAUCUUCCAGCUGCACCGAGAGAAGCGGACAGAGCUGAAAGUCCAGCUGCCCCACGCCGGCAAGUUUGCCCUGAAAAUCUUUGUCAAGAAAAGGCAGGAACCUGGCAACUAUGUCUUUGUCUUCAAUUACCUCCUGUGCUGCACCAACACCAAGGUAAACUGGCCCAUGUUCCCCGAGAGCUUUGGCAACUGGGGGCAGGACAAUGAGCUGCUGGAGCCUUUGUUGGGUGUACUUCCUGCCAACCGGAAUGUCCAGUUCAAAUUGAAGCUCCAUGGUAUUGCAAAGGCCCUAGUGAAAGGGCAGGACACAUGGCCCCUCACCCUGAACCACGAGGGCUACUGGGAGGGCAGCUGCAGCACAGCUGGCUGUGAAGAAAUCUAUGUCAUGGUGCUGGAGAAUGCCAACCACAACUUCUACUCCUACAUCCUCAAAUACCAAGUCAACGCCCAGUAAGGGGCUGGGCUCCGGGCCUGGAGCCCCUGCCACACCCUCCCACAGAGCCAAGGCCAGGCCACCCAGGGAGGACCCCAGGGAAGAGGAAGAGCCCUGGACACAUCUGAGUCUGCAUGAAAUCACUUCUAGGCCUCUGCUUUCGUCUCCUGCUCCGCUGCAGGAACUGUGUGUGCUGUUUGUGUUCUGAUGGAUGCACACAGAAAGUGCACGAUGACAGGGGACAGAGACAAAGGCCCUUUAGAAGAAAAGGUGCUAUGUAAAUCCAAGGUAUUGUAAACUGUCUGUCACUGCCCAGGUGCCCCUUCUUGUACAGAUGCUGAUGCUGCUGUUGUGUUUAUUAGGUUGAUGUGGGAAUGCAGGGAUAUGACCAGAGCUGAAAGCUUAUCACACCAUAGAGUGUGAAUCUCCCUCUGUGCCCAGAGGGAUGGGAUUUGCAAGGCCAGGCAUCCUUGA